UGAGCUCCUCAACCUCAACCUCAACCUCAACCAGCAGAAUAUCAAAGGCAUCUUCUCCUGCCUUUCCCGGACCCUCGCACCUGAAACCCUAGCACCGUCCUUUCAACCCAUGAAACGCCCCAUGCUCCUUUCUUGCUCUGCUUUGUAGACGCAACUUCAAUCUGCUAGUCCUGAAACCCUAGGUAUAGGAUUUUGGGGGCGUUUUUGAAGAACAAUGUCUCUUCCACCUGUGGAGUGCAUUUACAUAACUGAAGACUCCAUAAAGGAAUUCAAGAAUGGGAACUCCAGCUUCAAAUUCCCUAAUCCUGUGCCAACCCUCCGCUUUCUCUACGAGCUCUGCUGGACUAUGGUUAGAGGAGAGUUGCCAUUUCAGAAAUGCAAAGCUGCAUUGGAGUCUGCAGAAUUUAUGGAUGAUGUCUGCCAGGAUGAAAUAGGAUCCAACUUAGCUGAUAUUGUUACCCAAAUAGCUCAAGAUCUCACUUUGCCCGGAGAAUAUCGUGCACGUCUUAUCAAGCUGGCAAAAUGGCUAAUGGAAUCUGGAUUGGUACCUUUAAGAUUUUUUCAGGAGCGAUGUGAGGAAGAAUUCCUGUGGGAAGCGGACAUGAUCAAGAUAAAGGCUGCUGAUUUGAAGUCAAAAGAGGUCAGGGUAAACACUCGCCUUCUUUAUCAGCAAACAAAGUUUAACCUUCUUCGAGAAGAGAGUGAAGGCUAUGCCAAACUGGUUACUCUACUUUGCCAGAUUCCUGAAGCUUCUAGCCAAAAUAUAUCAGAUGCAACAGUUGGCAUAAUUAAGUCAUUAAUUGGACAUUUUGAUCUUGAUCCGAACCGAGUCUUUGACAUUGUUUUGGAGUUUUUUGAAUUUCAACCUGAUAAUAGUGUAUUUCUGGACCUCAUCCCUAUAUUUCCAAAGUCUCAUGCCUCUCAAAUCCUUGGCCAUAAAUUUCAAUACUACCAGCGUAUAGAAGUAAAUGAUCCUGUGCCAAGUGGUCUGUAUCAGCUUACCGCCUUGCUGGUGAAAAAGGACUUCAUUGAUGUUGAAAGCAUAUAUGCGCAUUUACUUCCCAAGGAUGAGGAGGCAUUUGAGCAUUAUAGUGCAUCCUCUGCUAAGAGACUCGAGGAGGCAAACAAAAUAGGAAGAAUAAAUCUUGCUGCUACUGGAAAGGAUCUCAUGGAUGAUGAGAAACAAGGAGAUGUAACAGUUGAUCUUUAUGCUGCCUUGGAUAUGGAAUCAGAUGCAGUCACUGAUAGAUCCUCAGAACUACAAGAUAGUCAGCCCUUGGGCCUACUUAUGGGGUUUCUUGCUGUGGAUGAUUGGUAUCAUGCUCGUAUGUUAUUUGAUCGUCUCUCACCUCUUAAUCCAGUGGAGCAUAUGGAAAUAUGCAGUGGUUUGUUUAGGCUUAUUGAAAGAUCAAUUUCACCGGGAUAUGACCUAAUUUGCAAAACUCAGCUUCUGGGGUUGCCUACUGGAGGUAGUACUAACACAACGGAUGUGACUGAUUCAUCUGGUAGUAGACCUUUCAUUGAUCUUCCAACACAGCUUUUUGAGAUGCUUGCUUGUGUGGGUCCUUAUCUAUAUCGAGACACUUCAUUACUGCAGAAGGUUUGCAGAGUAUUGAGGGGUUACUACAUUUGUGCACUGGAACUUGUUAACAGCAGUGGAGAUCUCAAUUCUCAAUUGACCACUGGUGGAAACCAAACUCCUCGCAUCCAUUUAAAGGAUGCUAGGCUAAGAAUUGAGGGAGCACUAGGAGCAUGCCUACUUCCUUCUUUACAGCUGAUACCGGCAAAUCCUGCAGUUGGGCAAGAGAUAUGGGAACUUCUGAGUCUCCUACCAUAUGAGGUUCGUUAUCGUCUAUAUGGUGAAUGGGAGAAAGAUGAUGAGCAACUUCCAAUGCUUUUUGCUGCAAGGCAAACAGCUAAGUUGGAUACAAGAAGGAUUCUAAAACGCCUUGCUAAAGAAAAUCUUAAACAACUUGGGCGAAUGGUUGCAAAACUAGCUCAUGCCAAUCCAAUGACAGUACUUAGGACAAUAAUUCACCAGAUAGAGGCUUAUAGGGAUAUGAUUACCCCUGUUGUUGAUGCAUUUAAGUACUUGACACAGCUGGAGUAUGAUAUUUUGGAAUAUGUUGUAAUAGAGCGCCUGGCACAGAGUGGGCGUGAUAAGCUAAAAGAUGAUGGUCUUAAUUUGUCAGAUUGGCUCCAGUCUUUGGCAUCAUUUUGGGGACAUCUGUGUAAAAAAUAUCCAUCAAUGGAACUAAGGGGUCUUUUCCAGUAUCUUGUAAAUCAGUUGAAGAGAGGAAAUGGGAUUGAGCUUGUUUUCCUGCAGGAGCUUAUACAACAAAUGGCUAAUGUACAAUACACAGAGAACAUGACAGAGGAGCAGCUGGAUGCAAUGGCAGGAAGUGACACCCUACGAUAUCAGGCCACUUCAUUUGGAAUAACCAGGAACAAUAAGGCAUUGAUUAAAUCCACUAACCGGCUAAGAGAUGCUUUGCUUCCAAAAGAAGAACCAAAGUUGGCAAUUCCUCUUCUAUUACUCGUUGCUCAGCACCGUUCUGUGGUUGUCAUAAGUGCAGAUGUUCCUUACAUCAAAAUGGUCAGUGAACAAUUUGAUAGAUGCCAUGGAACUCUCCUCCAAUAUGUGGAAUUUUUGUCUAGUGCAGUGACUCCAGCAGCUGGCUAUGCUCUACUUGUUCCAACACUAGAUGAACUUGUACGCCUCUAUCAUCUUGAUCCUGAGGUUGCAUUUUUAAUUUAUCGGCCAGUUAUGAGGCUCUUUCGUUCUCAGAACAAUCCAGAUGCCUUUUGGCCGUUAGACUAUGAUGAAGCAAUGAGUGCUGUAACGGCUGGAAAGGAAUCUGAAAGCAUGGAUGAUUGUGCCAAAAUGGUUCUGGAUCUUGGCUCUUCUCGCAAGCCUAUCUUUUGGGAAGACCUCCUUGAUACAAUCAAGACAAUGUUACCUUCAAAAGCAUGGAAUAGCUUGUCUCCUGACCUGUAUGCUACCUUUUGGGGUCUUGCUCUUUAUGAUCUCUAUGUUCCUAGAAAUCGUUAUGAGUCUGAGAUUGCUAAGCAACAUGCUGCUCUUAAGGCACUUGAAGAGCUCUCUGACAAUUCUAGUUCUGCAAUCACUAAGAGGAAGAAAGAUAAAGAAAGAAUUCAAGAGUCUCUAGACCGACUAACGACAGAACUCCAUAAACAUGAAGAACACGUAGCAUCUGUUCGUAGACGUCUAUCUCGCGAAAAGGACAAGUGGUUGAGUUCGUGCCCUGAUACAUUAAAAAUCAACAUGGAAUUUCUACAGCGCUGCAUUUUUCCACGCUGUACAUUCAGUAUGCCUGAUGCAGUGUAUUGUGCUAUGUUCGUAAACACUCUUCAUUCACUUGGAACUCCCUUUUUUAACACUGUAAACCACAUAGAUGUUUUGAUAUGCAAAACAUUACAACCCAUGAUUUGUUGUUGCACUGAGUAUGAAGCGGGUCGUCUAGGAAGGUUCCUGUAUGAGACUUUGAAGACAGCUUAUUAUUGGAAGAGUGAUGAAGCAAUAUAUGAACGGGAAUGUGGGAACAUGCCAGGGUUUGCUGUUUAUUACAGAUAUCCAAACAGCCAGCGUGUCACGUACAGCCAAUUCAUUAAGGUACACUGGAAAUGGAGCCAAAGGAUCACAAGGUUGCUGAUACAAUGCUUGGAGUCAACUGAGUACAUGGAGAUUCGGAAUGCUCUAAUUUUGCUGACAAAAAUAUCCAAUGUCUUCCCAGUCACCCGUAAGAGUGGGAUUAAUCUUGAAAAGAGGGUUGGGAAAAUUAAAAGUGAUGAAAGAGAGGAUCUCAAGGUAUUGGCAACAGGUGUUGGCGCAGCUUUAGCUGCUAGGAAGCCUUCUUGGGUUUCAGAUGAAGAAUUUGGCAUGGGUUUUCUUGAACUGAAACCUGCACCGGGACCAACUCAAAAGUCAUCAGCUGCAAACCAAUCUGCCAUACAAAAUGGGGCCAUCAUUCAUGCCUCUCAGGGUGAGUCUGCUGGGGGUAGAACUGCUGCUGUGGGAAGAGCGGGUGAUGGGAAAUCAGAAAGAACAGAGAGUGCUUCACAAAAACCUGAUCUGGGGCAUUCUAAACAAAAUGCUGCCUCUUCUAAUGGCCCUGAUAGCUCAUCUUCACGGCCAUCUGCUGUGCAAUCGGGUGCAUCCAGGUCCAUGGAGAAUCAAAAACACAUGGAUGAUUUGACAAAUGAACCCCUAGAAGAAAGCAACACAAAAACAGUUGCCAAGACAUUUUCCAACCAGGAGGGAAGAGCAGCUACAAAGCGUGCUGUUCCAGCUGGAUCUCAAACUAAACUAAAACAGGACCUUGCCAAAGAUGAUAGAUCUGGAAAAGUUGUUCAUCCAUCUGACAAUAGGUCAGGCGGAGUUACUUCAUCAAUUCCAGGCAAUGGUAACAUGGGUUUAGCAAAAACUGCAAGCUCAUCUGCACGAUCUCUAACUCAUGGAAAUGAAACAAAAGCUGAUCCAAGGCACACUACUGGGAAAGAUGAUGUGAAUGAAUCUUCCGAUGUGCAUAACCAAUCUUCUUCUCGAGGGGUGCAUUCUCCUCAUCAGGAAUUUUCUAAAUCUUCUGAUAGAAAGAGAGCAAGUCCUACGGAAGAAGUAGAUAGACUAAAUAAACGGCGGAAAGGCGAGAUUGAUCCAAGGGAAAUAGAUGGUGGUGAGGUAAGAGAACGGACAAUUGAUAGUCGAGCUGUUGAUAAACUUCAUCCACCAGAUUAUGAUAAAACAGGAUCUGAAGACCAAAAUACAAACAGACAGACAGAAAAGCCUAUUGAUAGAUCAAAAGAAAAGGGUGCUGAAAGACAUGAGAGGGAACAUCGGGAGCGUCCCGACAAGUCCCGUGGGGAUGAUGUGCUUUCUGAAAAACAAAGGGAUAGAUCAACAGAAAGACACAUAAGAGAGCGUUCAGUAGAAAAAGUUCUAGAGAGGGGUGCGGAUAGGAACUUUGAUAGGCUAGGUAAAGAUGAAAGAAGUAAAGAUGACAGAAGCAAGUUGAGAUAUGGUGAAGUUCCUGUAGAGAAAUCCCAUGUAGAUGAUCGGUUUCAUAGUCAAAGCCUACCCCCACCCCCACCCUUGCCACCUCAUGUGGUCCCUCAAUCCAUUAAUACUGGUAAGAGAGAUGAAGAUUCUGAUAGACGCGCUGGAUCUGCAAGGCAUGGCCAAAGGCUUUCUCCUAGGCAUGAAGAGAGAGAGAGGAGGCGAUCCGAAGAGAAUACUUCGCUACUUCAGGAUGAUAUGAAACGUAGAAGAGAUGACGAUUUUCGAGAUAGAAAGCGGGAAGAAAGAGAUGGGCUUCAAAUAAAGGUGGAGGAGAGGGAAAGAGAAAGGGAAAAACCAAACGCUUUAAAGGAAGACAUGGAUCCCAAUGCAGCUUCAAAGAGGCGGAAACUAAAAAGAGAGCAUGCACCAUCAGAAUCUGGUGAAUAUUCACCAGCAGCUCUUCCUCCUCCUCCCCUUCCUGUUAAUAUCUCACAGUCCUAUGAUGGAAGAGAGAGGGGAGAUCGUAAAACAGGUAUGAUUCAACGCCCUGGUUACUUGGAGGAGCAAGGUCCAAGGAUUCAUGGAAAAGAUACAACUAGCAAAUCAAAUCGUCGUGAUGUGGAUCCAAUGUAUGACAGAGAGUGGGAUGAUGAUAAAAGACAAAGAGCUGAGCCAAAAAGGCGUCAUCGCAAGUAAUGGUUGAAAAUGAUGUUGCUUCAAGGUGUUUGAUGGUGAGAUGCUGCUAGAGUGCCAGACCCGAAGAUUUAACCGAAUGGGUAAAUUAUUGAAUGUAUGCAUUGAAGAGAAUGAAGAAUUAAUUUGGAAAGGCGGGCAGGGGCGGCACCUAAUAUCGCCUGAUGUGACCUGGGCUGAUGCUUUAAAUAGCUACUUUGAAUCAAUAGUCUGAAACGGUGGGAAACAAUGAUUAAAUUGUGAAAUGUGUGUUGAUCUUUCUUCAUAUAGGCAAGAUAUUGGCUGCUUAGUCCCUGGACUUUGGCCUCAAAGAGAGGAGAUGAUGAUUAUGUAUGUACCAAUUGUUUCCCCUUGUGAAAUAUAGUCACUCCUCCAUAUAGUAUUUUUCAGGCGUUCCCUCCA